UUGCAGGAUAAUGUCAUCCUCCUUCUCCAGUGCCCUCCUCUUAUUGGCUGGCUUGUGCUCUCUUGUUUCUGGCACCCAGGCUGAUGACCUUGAAAACAUGGAUGGAGCUUUGCAUGACCAUGAGCAUCAUGAAUCCGUAAUCUGCCACAAUAUCUUCUACAAUGUUUUUGACUUGGCCUUUGCCUUUUACCGGGAGCCGGCCAGUCGCUCAGAAACCACCAACACCUUACUCUCCCCAAUUAGUAUUGUGGCUGCUUUUGCCAUGCUCUCUCUGGGCGCCCAAGGGGCUACUCUCUUACAGAUCCUGGAGAGCCUGAAUUUCAACUUGAGAAUGGUUUCUGAAGCUCACAUCCACAAAUGCUUCCAGAUUCUCCUCCACAUCUUCCAGCAUCCAGACCACCAGCUCCAACUGACCAUGGGCAGCAGCCUCUUUGUCAGUGACAAUCUGAUGCUCAGGGAUCAGUUUGUGCAGGACAUCAAGGAGCUGUACCACUCCAAAGUCAUCCCCAUCAACUUUUGGGACACCCAAUUUGCUAGCAAGCAGAUCAACGAUUAUGUAGAGAGGGAAAGCCAUGGAGAAAUAGUUGAUUUGGUCCAAGAUCUGGAGAAAGAUGCAGAUCUCAUCCUGGUGGAUUAUAUUUCCUUCCAUGGAAAGUGGACCAUCCAUUUUCCAGCUGAAUACACUGUGGAAGAGACCUUCCAUGUAGACGAAGACACAACCAUCAGUGUGCCCAUGAUCAACCGCCUGGGUAUAUUUCUCCUCACCCGGGAUGAAAAGCUGUCCAGCUGGGUGCUGGUCCAGCACUCUGUGGGUGACGUCAUGGCCUUCUUCAUCCUGCCUGACCCAGGGAAGAUGCAACAGCUAGAGGAAGGCCUGACCCAGGAGCACUUUAAUAAUCUCCUUGGAACCAUUGGUGAAAGAUUUGCCAGGAUACACUUCCCCAGACUGUCCAUGUCUGCAGCCUACGACCUGAGGAGCAUCCUGAGCACACUGGGCAUCACCAAGAUCUUCGCCGUGCAUAAGGCAAUGCUGACCUUCGAUGAUAAAAGAGCAGGGACUGAAUGGGCCAGUGAUUUGAAAUACUGGGCCUGGCCGAAGGCCCUCACCAUCAAGUUCAACAGGCCCUUCCUUCUCUUCAUCAGGGAGGAAAACACCAACAUUCCGCUCUUUGUGGGGAAAGUGCUCAAUCCCACACAGCAGUAACUGUCUCCGAGCUUCCUUAACCCCUCAGGAAUGUCUCCUUCCAAGGUGACAUUAAAAAGAUGCUU